CCUCGAGCCCUUUACUGUUGCCAGGGCGUCAAUGGCGGAACUCCGCGGCAGAAGUUAAUAUGACACAAGACAGGAUCGCUUAAGAGGUCAACAAGGAUGUCAAUAGAGGCAGAGGCGUUGCUGCAGGAGGCAAAGGAGAGCAUAGAAGCGGCCCAAAACUACAGAAGUGAACUACAGCAGAGACUGCAUGGACUCAGUCAGGCGCGCAAACAGGUGCGUGGCAGUGCCAGCCAGACGCGCGAGGCUCUGCAGAGACACUUUCAGGAGCUGCAGACGGCAGUGAGUCGACUGCUGAUCGACAGGCUGAACGGUCUGCUGCAGGAGGUGGACAACAUUGAGCUGGACAGUGUCAGUCCUUUAGAUGACUGUCAGAAGCUCAUUGAGCAUGGAGUCAGCACUGCGGAUGAGCUGCUCCGAGAGGGGGAGGCUGCAAUUCGCUGCAGUUUAAACGAGACGGAGGACAAGCUAGGCAGCUUCACGAAAAAAGCCCUGCAGAUCCAGUUGGACAGUCUGCCCGAGGUACCUUCACUGGUGGACGUGCCAUGUCUGUCUGCGCAGCUGGAUGAUUCUCUGCUGCAUAUGUUUCGUGCCCAUGUGGCUCGGCACGGCAACGUAGCAUCUCAUCCACCCGUCCAGAUUGAGGAGCUGGUGGAGAGACCAGGUGGUGUGCUGGUGCGCUGGUGUAAGGUGGACGAUGACUUCAGCCCUCAGGAUUACCGGUUGCAGUUCCGUCGCAGUAACUCUUCUCAGUAUGAGGAUGCAUAUAUUGGGAAGGAAACGGAGUUCCUGGUGCUCCACCUCGACCCACACGUUGACCACCUGUUCCGCGUGUGUGCCAGAGGAGAAGGGCGGACGGAAUGGAGCCCGUGGAGCAUCCCGCAGACCGGCUACACCACACUUGCACCCCACGAAUGGUGUCCAGGCGUGGAUGGCUACAUAUUGAGCAGUAGGAAGAACAUCGCCAUGCGCAGUGACUCCUCAACGCCUGGCCAUGGUGGAGUCCUGUACUCCAACUCCCCCACCUACUUCUGUGGCCAAACCCUCACCUUCAAAAUCACUGCUGCUGGACAGACAGAUAAGCGUGACAGUUUGGGUGUGUGUGCCGACAGCAGAACUGACACAGACUCACUGCAGAGAGAUCAGGCUGUCUGCAUCUCCACUAAUGGUGCAGUGUUUGUGAAUGGCAAAGAAAUGACCAACCAGCUGCCAGCCAUCACCGUUGGCUCGUCCGUGACCUUCGACAUGGAGGUGGUGAGCCUGUUUCCCGUAAACAACAACAACCCCAACGACGGGGGAAACUUCAAGCUGAGGGUGACGAUCGGCUCUGGGAACAGAGAGGUGGUGUUUGAUUGGCUGCUGGAUCAGGUGCUCGACAGCCUUUUCUUCGGCUGCUCCUUCACACACCCUGGAUGGAAAGUGCUGGUGUUCUGAUUGGUUACAGUCUGCUGGAAUUCAAGACCUCAAAUCUUUUUAAUAUUAUCAAACUCUCCAAGUGCUUACAGUGUUCUGAAUACCCCUCCCCCUUAUUCCUAAUAUCAGUUACGCAGGAUAACAUUAACGUUUCUGAGGUGCGCCUCUGACCAAAACCACUACUCUUUGACCUCAGUACAUACAGGUGAACGAUUUUUUUUUCCAUUAUCGUGCAUAUUUGCAAAAAAAGAGAGACUGUUACAUGUCAGAGGAGUUUAAUAAAGUCUUUACCUGCAGGUGUUACAUUGCAAAGCAUGCUGGGUUUGGUUAACCACAGAAACUAUAUGUACUGUGUAGCAUUCAGAGAUCAAAGGCACUCAACUUGUUUUUUUUUUUAACAAACUGCUUCCCAACGAACGACGAAGACGAUUCUAGUUUGAGUUAAGACGUGGAGAAUGUAUCGUCUGUAGUUUGUUUGAAAUGGCUGGAUGUUAUUUUAUUAUGAGCGAUAAUGUUAAGCGAUGGCGUGCCUAACAACUAGUAUUGUACUCUUGAUCGCCUGGUACUCGUGUUUUUGUCUAGAAAGUACUGUUUUCGUUUCUUUUUCUAUCACAUUGUGAAGAAAGCCUUAACCAGUGUCAAUCACCGCUCAACUAUGAUCAGUAGACAUCCAUGUGUUCACAGAAAUGUGAGAAUUCGCACUAAGCUUAAGUGUUGUGCCAAUUUAUGUUCACCUUUUAAUAUUUACCUGUUCCGUUUCGUUAGAUGGCUCGUAGUACGGUUUAUAUUGUAUUUGAUGAGGAUUUUCACAUUUCACAACACAAUAUGAGAGGCCACGCAUUCAGUUUUUACAUGUUCCUGAGAUCACUGAAUAUAAAUUAUGAGGUACUAAGUUGAGACCGUGCUUUAAAACCAGCAAACACAUACCCACAAGAUAUCGGAAAACCAUAUUUAUAAAACUGUGACCGUUUCAUGUAUACUUACCUCAUUUUUGUUUGUGCCUUCUCAGUAAAGAUGCGGAAAUACAAUUGAACAUUUGCCACUUAAAUUGUUUGGAAAAUUUCUUGAUUUUUGCAAAUGUAUAUGGGUCAAACAUGAAUGUUUUUAGGUAUUCAAGCAAUAAAAGAGUACUUCACAUUUAAA